AUGUCAGCUUACUCAGAAACAAAUUUCAACUCACAACAUUAUGAUGAUUCAAGACCUAACUACACUCCUCAAUUUUAUAAAGAAUUAAUUAAUUAUCAUUCUGAAAAAGGAGGAGAAUUUAAUUUAGCUGUUGAUAUAGGAUGUGGAUCAGGAUUUGUUACAUUUGAAUUAAUUAAAUAUUUUAAAAAUGUUAUUGGUACUGAUCCAUCAAGAACAAUGAUUGAUCAAUGUAAUAAAAAUGUAACAAACAAAAAUUCAAUUGAAUUUUUGAUUGGAACAGCUGAAAAUCAACCUUCAAAAAUAAAACCAAAUUCUGUAGAUUUAAUAACUGGAGCAGAAUGUUGUCAUUGGGUAAAUCAUGAAAGAUUUUAUAAAGAAUCUGCUAGAGUCUUGAAACAGAAUGGUACUUUAGCUUAUUGGUUUUAUAAAGAUCCAAUAUUUAUAGGAUAUCCAGAAGCUAAUAAAAUUUAUGAAAAUUACACGUAUAAUUCAUCAAUUGAAAAAUUAGGUAGUGGAUAUGAAAAGUGGAUGGGUAAUUAUUAUCAACAACCAGGUCAUGAUUAUUUAAGAAGUUUACUUAAAGAAAAAUCACCUCCAAAUGAUUUAUAUUAUGAUGUUAUAAGACAUGAAUAUAUAGUAGAUAGAGAUGGAGUACCUAAAAACGAAGUAGAUCCUUUCAAAACUAAAACACCAUUAUUUAUAAAAAAGACAAUUAAUAUGAAAUGGUUUUUAAAUUAUGUUAAAAGUUGGAGUGCUUAUCAUGCUUGGAUGAAAGAUCAUGGAGAUAAAUAUGAUAUUGCAGAAGAAUUUAUAAAUGAAUUAAAAAAUAAAUUAAAUUGGAAUGAUGAUACUGAAAUUGAAGUUAUAUGGGAUACAGUAUAUACAUUUGCUAGAAAAAGACAAACACGCUUAGUGAAUAGAUAG